CUGCAUUAGAACCACUGUGUAGCUGGAAUAGCAGAAGCACUUGAAUGUCUGUAUGGACAUCAUAUACUAUUUGCUAUAGCAUCACUUUCAUUUUGAAGUUAGAGUACUCCUCACAAAGUUGCUCUAACUCUGCAUGUCCGCAAUGGCUGGGCAGGUUGUGGACGGCAUUGAUAUCGACGGCCUUUCCAUUCUGUCUGUGGGCACCUGCAAUAAUUUUGAUGUCAUUGAGAGGAGGAAGUCAUCCGACACCUCAUUACCUCUGGAAACGCUGCCUUUGGGGUUACCUCCGGUAUUACCCACAUUGAAAGCUGACCUGGAAGAGUAUCUGUCACAUCCAGAGAAGCUACCUGUGUAUGACAUUGAACGUACUCAAAGGUUUUUCAGCAGUAAGGGCUGUCCAGACAACUUAUACCUUGCAGAGCCCACUCCUGUCCAGACCACUAUCAGGGUGGACAGAGAUAUGACCACUGGUCAGUUGCUUGGAUAUAAAGAGGAGUUUCUGGAUGAUACUGGAAGUUCAGCCAAAAACUCGACCUCACUAUCUCGUCCCCCAGGUCCACCCUCUGAAGGGAUCAAGGGAAAUUCCACCAAUUAUCCUUUCUGGCCAGGAGGACUUGAGGAACCUGUUUUUACAGACUUAGCGGCUGACAACCUAACCCAAAUAGAUUUUGAAACUGACCUCCUGUCUUGCCCCCCUGGCUUUGAUCAUGGCAUAGUGUUUGAGUGUAAAAGUCGCACUGAAAACCCUGAGGGGACACUGCAAAAAGAAGCAAGUCAGACCCCCAAUCUCCUGAAACUGAGCGACAUUUUAGAAGCGGAUGAUCUGGACUUCAGUGUAGGGGAAGAGGAGGAGGAGGAAGAUAAGGAAAAAGAAGGAGCAGACAAAGACAAAUUUCAGAAUUCUGCUGAUAUACAGGAUCUUCCAAGAAGUGAAAGUUUUGAGAAUCUAGUCACAAAUACAGACUCUGACCUGGGAGACGUGGUAACAAGGCAGCAGGAAGAGCCACUGGAAAACUGGGCUAUUCCAAUAGAUCUCACUGACCCUGUCAGUGACUUUCAUAAGAGAAUUCCUGAGAUGGCAUGCACAUGGCCAUUUGAACCAGACAUAUUUCAGAAGCAAGCUAUUCUACGUUUGGAGCAAGGCGAGAGUGUGUUUGUUGCUGCUCACACGUCUGCUGGUAAAACAGUAGUUGCUGAGUAUGCCAUUGCUCUUUCUAUGAAACACAUGACCAGGACCAUAUACACGUCUCCAAUCAAAGCCUUAUCCAAUCAAAAAUUCCGUGACUUCAAGCAGAGGUUCUCCAAUGAAGGGGAUGUGGGCUUAGUUACAGGAGAUGUGCAGAUUCACCCUGAGGCUUCUUGCUUGAUUAUGACCACAGAGAUUUUACGAUCUAUGCUGUACAAUGGCUCGGAUGUAGUCAGAGAUUUAGAGUGGGUGAUAUUUGAUGAAGUGCAUUAUAUCAAUGACCCAGAGCGUGGAGUGGUCUGGGAGGAAGUGCUAAUUAUGCUACCACACCAUGUUAAUAUUAUACUGCUCAGUGCCACUGUGCCAAAUACCCGGGAGUUUGCUGGAUGGGUGGGGAGAACCAAGAAAAAGAAGAUGUAUGUUAUCAGUACACCUAAAAGACCAGUUCCAUUGGAACAUUUCCUCUUCACUGGUAACAGCAACAAGACCAGUCACGAACUCUUCCUGCUCCAGGAUGCUAAAGGAAACUUCCUUACUAAAGGGUAUUACCAGGCGAUAGAGGCUAAAAAGGAAAGAACCAGCAAGUCAUCUCAGAGUUUUGGACCAAAGGGUGCUCGAGGAGGAAAUCCUGCACAGGACAAAAAUGUGUGGCUUUCAGUGAUAGACAUGUUGAAGAAGAAGGACAAGCUGCCUGCUGUAGCCUUCACAUUCUCUAAGAAGAAGAUCGAGGACAAUGCCAGCAACUUGUCCAGCGUGGACCUCACCACUCAGAGUGAGAAGAGCGAGAUACACAUCUUCUUCCAGAAGAGUAUAGCCAAGCUUAAAGGGUCAGAUAAAACACUUCCCCAGGUUCUUCACAUGCAAGACAUCCUGAAGCGAGGUAUAGGCAUUCACCACAGUGGAAUCCUGCCUAUCCUCAAGGAGGUAGUAGAGAUGUGCUUUCAGAGAGGAUUAGUCAAGGUUUUGUUUGCCACGGAAACCUUUGCUAUGGGAGUCAACAUGCCAGCCAGGACUGUGAUAUUUGACUCCAUCAGAAAGCAUGAUGGGACAGCAUUCCGUGACCUACUUCCAGGGGAGUACAUCCAAAUGGCGGGUCGGGCAGGACGUAGAGGUUUGGAUGCUACUGGGACGGUGAUGAUUCUGUGUAAAGGAGAUGUGCCAGAGAUGGCUGACCUGCAUAAAAUGAUGCUUGGGAAACCCACACUACUUCAGUCACAGUUUAGACUCACUUAUUCCAUGAUUUUAAACCUGCUUCGAGUGGAACAGUUACGCAUAGAGGACAUGAUGAAGAGAAGCUUUUCUGAGUUCCACUCACAGAAGAGCACCACAGAGAGAAAGAAGACCAUGGCAGAUCUGCAGGAGAAGAUGUCCACAAUGCAGGACUUGGAUUGCAAUGUGUGUUGCAUUGACUUGGAGGGCUAUUACAAAGCAUGCCGAGAAUACUGUAUUACUAAAACAGAGCUUCAGAAAAAAGUUCUCACUCACCCAGCAGCCAUCAAGGCACUGUCACCAGGCAGAGUGGUUAUUGUAGACACAGAACUCUAUCAAAAUACAUUGGCAACAGUAUUGAAAAGCACACUGGGCCAAAACAAUGAAAGGAUGUUCACAUGUUUAGUCAUUUGCGAGAAAAAUGCCAGCAGUGCUGACUCUGCCUCAAAUGCAACCAAAACAGUGGAGGGACCACUGAUAAAACCAGUUUUAGUCAAUCAAGUCUUGUUUCAACCUGAAGGACCAAGCGGCCACGUGAUAGUAGACUUAACAGCUGAACACAUUGGUGCCAUUAGCAAUGUAGCGUUGAAGGUUAAUGCAGACAGAAUUCUUGAGGACUUCAAAAAGAGACAGAUUGCUCGAUUCAAAAAUGAUCCACCUGGCCAGUCUGUAGUGACCACAACUCAGGAACUCCUACGCCUGGCAGAGUCUGAUCCUCAUGGUCUGCCAUCUUUGGACCCAGUCAAGGACUUUGGUCUCCGUGACAUUGACCUUGUGGAGCAGUUCAGGCGACUACAGUUUCUUCAGGAAGAAUUGAAAAAUUUUGCCUGCGUGACUUGCUCCAAUUUCAGAAAGCAUUUUGAAGAAAAACAUAAUUACAUGAGAUUGAAGGAAGAGUAUGCCCACCUCCAGUUUUUGCUGUCAGAUGAAAGCCUAACACUGCUGCCAGAAUAUCAACAGAGAGUUCAGGUGCUGAGAGCACUGAAGUAUAUCGACAACACAAAUACAGUACAACUGAAAGGGAGAGUGGCUUGUGAACUGGGCAAUCAGGAGAUCAUUAUCACUGAACUGGUGUUUGAGAACAUCCUGACUGAUCUCCAUCCCACCGAGAUAGCCGCCUUGUUGUCCUGUGUUGUGUUUGAACAGAAGAGGUGCAGUGAGCCUAGCCUUACACCAGACUUACAGAAGGGCAAAGACUUGAUUCUGAAAAUAGCUACUAGUAUUGGUGAAACUCAGAGAGCCUGUGGGUUACUGACCCCAGUGGACGAGAUCGUGGAAAGCCUCAAGUUUGGACUGACAGAGGUUGUGUUUGAAUGGGCACGAGGCAUGCCAUUCUCAGAGAUCACAGGACUGACCGAUGUCCAGGAGGGCAUCAUAGUGAGAUGUAUUCAGAGACUGGACGAAACCUUGAAGGAUGUCAGGAAUGCAGCCAGGAUUAUUGGUGACCCUGUACUUUAUAGGAAGAUGGAGGAGGCCUCCAAACUAAUUAAAAGAGACAUUGUAUUUGCUGCAAGCCUGUACAUUCAGUGAAUGUUGGGAUGAAAUAUUGUGUAGAAUGUGAAAAUAUUUUUAGAUAAAAUACAUGGAGAUUCUAUGACAUUGUGGUCAACUUCAGGUCAUGUUGCUGAGAUUUGAAAGAGUGAAAUAAACUGUUUUUUACUCCAGGUAGAAGACACAUCAAGUGUCUGGUUCACGUGCAUGUUGCACUUCCCGGAAGCACAGCUUUCAGUCAGAUAUUUGGGAUUAGAAUAUAACGAGUUUAAUUUGAAAGCUUUAGAAUUAUCAGAUUUUUGGUUGGGAUGGAAAUAGUCAAAAUUACAGUGAUAGGUGACCUGCUUGCAAAACUGGAUGCCAAUAUGGCAUUUCAUACAGCCCAUCAAAAUGGCAUAAUUGAAUAUAAAAGUAAUUUAUUUUGAUAGAAUGUUUGGAUUUGAAAAUGGUCCAUGUGUGAUGCUACACUACUGAUUUUUUUUUUCAAUAUUUUUGUAAUAUAUACAUCAGAAUGUUGGUGUUUAACAUCUGCAAUAAUUUCUUUAUCACUGUAUCAUAUUUUUACAUUCUUCAAAAGAAUAAAUGUAAGGUCAUAUA